UCAUCUGUUUUCCGAGCCGUCCUCAAACGCAUCUCCCGUCAGCCUCUGCGUCAACAGCCGCUCCGGUGUGUUUGUUUGUUUGUUUGUUUGUUUGUUUGUCGGCUUGUUCCGGUAGCUUACCGGGAGGCAGACCCUCCGCCCGGCUGCUGUCCUCACGGUGAAGGACUGUUGGUGCUGACCUGGAACCAGAACCUGCUGGACUCUCCAUCCAGAGCUGAACAUGAACCAAGCAGAGCAGCGCCCCCCGACCCGCCACAGCGCCCCGCCCGCCUCCCUGUACCGCGCCCACUCUCUGGCGCCGCCCCCUGCUGGCAUCCCCACGUCACUGCGAGCCGAUCAGCUCCCCACGCAGCCGGUUUACUCCACGCCGCGGCACAGCCACAAUGGAAGCGUGCCGGGCCUGGAGGCGGAGCCGGCCGAGGGCGGCUUCCUGUCCGGGGACGACGGCGACGAGUGCGGCGCGCUGAGCGACAGCCUGUCGCGGCUACGCAGCCCGUCGGUGAUGGAGGUCAGGGAGAAGGGAUACGAGAGGCUGAAGGAGGAGCUGGCCAAGGCUCAGAGGGAGCUGCUGUUGAAGGAUGAGGAGUGUGAGAGGUUGUCUAAAGUCAGAGACCAGCUCGGCCAGGAGCUGGAGGAGCUCACCGCCAGUCUCUUCCAGGAGGCUCAUAAGAUGGUGAGAGAGGCAAACGUGAAGCAGGCGAAUGCAGAGAAACAGCUGAAGGAAGCUCUGGGCAAGAUCGACGUCCUGCAGGCGGAGGUCCAGGCCCUGAAGACGCUGGUCCUCUCCUCCCCCACGUCCCCCGUCGCCGAGCUCCCGCCUGCAGGCAAGGCUCCCUUCAGGAAGGGCCACAGCCGCAACAAGAGCACCUCGUCCGCCAUGUUGGGGUCGCAGCCCGACCCGGCCGCCACGCAGCCCAUCGUCAGGGAGUGCAGGGAGGUGGACAGUCAGCUGUUCGCUGAGUUUAAAGCGUGGAAGGAGGCGCCGACGCUGGACCGGAGCUGCAGCUUCCUGGAGAGAGUUUACCGGGAAGACAUCCACCCCUGCCUCGCCUUCAACAAGAGCGAGCUGGGUUCGGCCAUCUUGGACGCCGUGGAGCAGAACACGCUGAGCGUGGAGCCGGUGGGUUUCCAGCCGCUUCCUGUGGUCAAAGCGUCGGCGGUGGAAUGCGGCGGCCCAAACGGGCGAAGGGCGGCGCUCGUCACAAAGUGCGCCCUGAGCGGUCAGACCAAAACCUGUAAGCACAGAAUCAAGUUUGGAGACUCGUCCAACUAUUACUACGUUUCUCCUUUCUGCAGAUACAGAAUCACAGCGGUGUGUAAUUUCUUCACCUACAUUCGCUACAUCCACCAGGGUUUGGUCAAGCAGCAGGACGCAGAGCAGAUGUUCUGGGAGGUGAUGCAGCUCCGCAGGGAAAUGUCCUACGCAAAGCUCGGAUACUACAAGGACCAGCUGUGAAGCCAUCCAAUCACAGCACAGCCUGACCAACAAGUCCCGCCCCCCUGCGGUGUGAAGGAAGGACUGUUUUUGUUCCUGGGAGCCGCGGCGGCGGCGCGGACUGAAAGGCCGCUAACGAUCCGGAUCGUUCUUUAGGUUCUGUUCGCGUCGUUUUCUGACCUCCAUUAUGUGACACUAAAAAAAAAGCUUCUCCUUGCAUUUAAAUUAAAUUAUAAUAAAUCAGAAAAUACUUGAA